CAGGCCGUGAAGUAGACACCAGGUGAUCAAGGCAAUGUCUGACUGGGAGGAAGAAUAUGACCAGGAGGGAAGAGCUAUUGAGACCGUCGUUCAAAAAGCUCCUGUUCAGCAGCGGUUCCCGUGCUAUGACCACCCACGGGAAAAGAGUAAUGAAAGCAUCAGGUUUGGAGGCUUCAGGAAAGUCUAUGGAGAUGCUGGCGGCGGCUACAACAACCACCAAAGAGGCGGGAGUGUAAACCGCACUUUAGCCGGGGAUACAGAACGCCGAGGCCCGCGAAAGGAUAGGAGUUUUGAUGGUGAAAACUCGGACUCCUCUCCGACUAUGACGCUCAGCGUGGAGAACUCUUUGAUCGGUAGAAUAAUAGGUCGCGGAGGGGCUAAAAUCCGUGAACUUGAAGAAAGCUCAGGCGCAAGGAUCAAGAUAAAGAAGGGGGAUUAUGAAGGUGAGGUGGUCAUCACUGGGUCAUCUCCUGCUCAGCAGAAGGCCAAGGAGAUGAUCGAGGACCUGGUGGAAAACAGUGGCUCUCAGUUUCACUAUGCUGGUAGGAAAGGAGACUACAGAGGUGGAAGAGGAGGUGAUAGAGGAGAAAGGAGUGGGACAAGUACGUCUGCGGUUCAGUUGGAGGCAUCCAGCGCCCCCGUGCCUCGGUCAACCAUAGACUGGGAUGCUAUCAGGGAGAACAAGGACAAGUACGAGGAGCUCAAGUGGAAAGACCUCCCACCCUUGAAGAAGAAUUUUUACUCUGAAGCAGAGGCUGUGUCCAAGCUCACACCAAAAGAAGUCCAAGAAUGGAGGAAGGAAAACAACAACAUCUUUGUGGACGACCUGAAGGACCAAGGAGAGAAGCGUCCUGUUCCCAAUCCCUGCCGCACAUUCCUGGAGGCCUUUGAACAUUACCCAGAAAUCAUGGAGAACAUUGUGAGAGUGGGAUUCACCAAACCAACUGCAAUCCAGUCCCAGGCCUGGCCGGUGCUGCUGAGCGGGGAGGACCUGAUAGCCAUCGCACAAACGGGAACAGGAAAAACCCUGGCCUACCUGCUGCCGGGGUUCAUACACAUGGACGGACAGCCAGUACCCAGGGACAAGCGCAAAGGUCCAGGCAUGUUGGUGUUGACCCCCACCAGAGAGCUGGCCCUGCAGAUAGAGACCGAGUGCAACAAGUAUCAAUACAAAGGCUACAAAAGUGUCUGCAUCUACGGUGGAGGGGACAGGAGGGGGCAGAUCAACCUGGUCCAGUCUGGGGUGGACAUAGUCAUCGCCACACCAGGCCGACUCAACGAUCUCCAGAUGAAUGAGCUCAUCCAUCUCCAGUCCAUCACCUACCUGGUUCUGGACGAGGCCGACAGGAUGUUGGACAUGGGCUUUGAACCUCAGAUCCUGAAGAUUAUUCUGGACAUUCGUCCUGACCGACAGACCGUCAUGACCAGCGCGACGUGGCCGACUGGUGUGCGUCGACUGUCCAAAUCUUACCUGAAGAACCCGAUGAUGGCCUACGUGGGCACUUUAGAUUUGGCGGCUGUGAACACGGUGCAGCAAACAGUGCUCAUCGUGACUGAAGAGGAGAAAAAGUUUUACAUCUUUGACUUCAUCAGAAACAUGUUGCCUGAGGAGAAAGUCCUUGUCUUCGUGGGCAAGAAGCUCAAGGCUGACGACCUGUCCAGUGACCUGUGUCUGCAGGGUCUGGCGGUCCAAAGUCUCCAUGGCGACCGUGAGCAGUGUGACCGUGAAGAAGCUCUGAGGGACUUCAAAGACAAUCGUGUUCGUAUCCUGGUGGCCACAGACCUGGCGUCCCGCGGCCUGGACGUCAUCGAUAUAACCCACGUCUUUAAUUAUGAUUUCCCACGAAACAUAGAAGAGUACGUCCACCGUGUUGGUCGCACCGGCCGGGCUGGGUAA